CCGCAGAGAGGGCCAGGCGAGUCUCCGGGUCGGGGCGCCGUACCGCUUCGGCGAGCAGACAGGCGGUUGGUGGCCCUGUGUUGUGGACUUCUACUCCAGAGAGGACACCUCAUCCAGGACUAUGAUGCCACUUCCCCAUCAUCUGGGUGUUGCUUGAUCCCUUGUCUAAGCUAAUGCUGCGGGAUCCCUUGUCUCUUGUGGAGGAAUCCAGCUGACUCUUGGCAUGAGGGCCCUGCGUUGUGGGGGUUGAGAGAGACACCCCAUGGCGUCUCUGGAUGACCCAGGAGAAGUGAGAGAGGGCUUCCUCUGCCCUUUGUGCCUGAAGGACCUGCAGUCUUUCUAUCAGCUGCACUCGCAUUAUGAGGAAGAGCACUCCGGGGAAGACCGUGAUGUCAAAGGGCAAAUUAAAAGUCUUGUCCAGAAGGCUAGGAAAGCAAAGAACAGGCUGUUGAAACGGGAAGGAGAUGAUCGAGCUGAAUCAGGCACCCACGGAUAUGAGUCUUUCAGCUAUGGAGGGGUCGAUCCUUACAUGUGGGAACCCCAGGAGCUUGGUGCUAUGCGAAGCCACCUUUCUGACUUCAAAAAACACCGAGCUGCCAGAAUCGACCACUAUGUCGUUGAAGUCAAUAAAUUAAUAAUCAGGUUAGAGAAGCUGACUGCGUUUGACAGAACAAAUACCGAGUCUGCGAAGAUCCGAGCAAUAGAAAAGUCCGUGGUGCCCUGGGUCAACGACCAGGAUGUCCCUUUCUGUCCAGACUGCGGGAAUAAGUUCAGCAUUCGUAACCGCCGCCACCACUGCCGCCUCUGCGGGUCAAUCAUGUGCAAGAAGUGCAUGGAGCUUAUCAGCCUUCCCUUGGCAAACAAGCUCACCAGUGCCAGCAAGGACUCAAUGAGCACUCACACCAGCCCCAGCCAGUCACCCAACAGUGUCCACGGCUCCCGCCGGGGCAGCAUCAGCAGCGUGAGCAGCGUGAGCUCUGUCCUGGACGAGAAGGACGACGACCGGAUCCGCUGCUGCACACACUGCAAGGACACGCUUCUCAAGAGGGAGCAGCAGAUCGACGAGAAGGAGCACACGCCUGACAUUGUGAAGCUCUACGAGAAAUUACGGCUUUGCAUGGAGAAAGUUGACCAGAAAGCUCCUGAAUACAUCAAGAUGGCAGCAUCAUUAAAUGCCGGAGAGACAACCUACAGUCUGGAACACGCUAGUGACCUUCGAGUGGAAGUGCAGAAAGUGUAUGAGCUAAUAGAUGCGUUAAGUAAGAAGAUCUUAACCUUAGACCUGAAGCAGGACCCGCCGCCACACCCGAACACCCUGCGGCUGCAGAGGAUGAUCAGAUACUCGGCCACGCUGUUUGUGCAGGAAAAGUUGCUUGGUUUGAUGUCACUGCCGACCAAAGAACAGUUUGAGGAACUGAAAAAGAAAAGGAAGCAGGAGAUAGAGCGGAAGAGGAUCCUGGAGAGGCAGGCUGCCUUGGAAUCCCAGCGGAGGCUUGAGGAGAGGCGGAGUGACUUGGCAUCGCGUGCAACCAACGGGGAGGUGGUGCCCCCUCGGAGGGGUCCUGCCCCACUGAGAAAGGCCGAGGGCUGGCUCCCACUGUCAGAAGGCCAGAGGCAGAGCGAGGACCCGGACCCCCUCCUGCAGCAGAUCCACAACAUCACGUCCUUUAUCCGGCAGGCCAAGGCCGCGGACCGGACGGACGAAGUGCUCAUGCUGCAGGAGAACCUGCGCCAGCUGCAGGACGAGUACGACCAGCAGCAGACGGAGAAGGCCAUCGAGCUGUCCCGCAGGCAGGCCGAGGAGGAGGACCUGCAGCGGGAGCAGCUGCAGGUGCUGCGGGAGCGCGAGUGGGAGCGCGAGCAGGGCCAGGCGGCCUCUCUGCACACGCGGACUCGGUCCCUGGACUUCCGGGAAAUCAGGCCUUUUCAGCUGGAGCCGGGCAGAGAGCCACGCACCCACCUCGCUCACGCUUUGGAUCUGGGCUCUUCCCCAGCUCAGAGCAGCACUGCCACCAAGACCUCUCCACCCAGCUUGGCUCCCGAGCCCUUCCGAGGGUGGUCUGGGUCCCCAGCCCUGGGCCAGGAGUUCCUGCCCCAGAGCACCCCGUCACAGCGCAGUGAGGCACCCUCCCUGAAUCCCUUUGAUGAGGAAGAAGACCUCGCCAGCCCCUCAGCCGAGGGCACAGCCAGCCCUCCUGCUCCGGAGCCUUCCCUUGGCCCACCGGCCCGCCUGCUCCGAGAGUACAACCCUUUCGAGGAAGAGGAGGAAGAGGAGGCCGUGGCCGGGAAUCCCUUCGCUAGGCCAGACAGCCCCGCCCCCAACCCCUUCGACGAGGAAGAUGAGCCCCCCCCUCGGACACCUGCAUCCCCCCCUGUUCCUGGCAACCCCUUUGAGGAGGCCCCCUGCACCAACCCCUUCGAGGAGGACAGUGAUGGCGGGCAGGAGGGCGCCGAGCCCAUUGAGGAGGAGCUGCUGCUCCAGCAGAUCGACAACAUCAAGGCGUACAUCUUUGACGCCAAGCAGUGCGGCCGCCUGGACGAGGUGGAGGUGCUGACGGAGAACCUGAGGGAGCUGAAGCGCACCCUGGCCAAGCAGAAGGGGGGCAGCGACUGACCAGGCCGGGCAGGGGCCCACGGAGCAGGCGGGAGGGCCAGGGGGCAUGGAGGAGGAAGGCGGCGUCUAAGGUGCCUGCAGGUUAGGGGGGAGGAAUCCGCUGUUCGGUGCUGUGCGCUUGGAGCUUUUCCCGUGACAGCUGGAUAAUAAAAUGGGAACAAGAACAGGAAGGAUCAGCAUGCAUUGCUGUUUUUCCUGAAUUUUUUUAAUAAUUGGGUUUUCCCCAUAGAAGGGACGUGAAACCUUCACUGCCAAGGUGUCACGAGUGCAGUUCUUUUAGGCCCUGGGCAGAAUCGGCUCCCAUGUGCAGCUUGUGCCUGCACUCGCUCCUGCCUAGCGUCGGUCCGUUUGCAGCCUUUUAUAGGGCCCUUCCUUUAGCCAAGACACAGCAGACAGCCCUUUAUGUCUGUCUGGGUUCUGGCGGAAGUCCGUCCCAUCAGACUACGUUCCUUUCACCUGGCACUUCCACUGCCUUCCUGGGCACGUCCUGUGCGAUGGCAGGGGAAGGUCUCACUGUGGAGGCAAUAGUUUAGACCCAGGAAAGCCCCUCUUAAGAGGGGUGAUGGGGGUGAGGUUUCAUCAGGGUCUCUCGCCCUCUUCCUUUCAGUUCUUAUUUCUCUCUUUCAGGAAGUUAAUCUCCCAGUGCAGGGUUAUCACUGUGAGUCUGUUCAUGAGCUUUUUAGAGAACAGCAGUUUUUAACUUUUUGGCUGAUAGAAGUCGUAUACUUUGGGAGCAGAGUCUCUGUCCAGGUGUUGCUCUGUGGAACUGAAUGACGGCUGGGACAAUAGUCGUCCCCAGAGAAAGUGUCCUCAAGAGCUUUGGCACAGUUACUCUGAUCUGGGCUUUUUCAAAGGGCCCAGGCUAUAAUUUAGGAGUUGGUGGUCAGGAAGCCCUCGUGGAACCUCGUCAGAAAAGCUGACGUCCCCUGAGUCAGAAGGUCAAUGACAGUACCUUCUAAGGCUCGUCGAUGAGACUUUUUGUCUUGCGGGUCAUCUUGUGCUGACUGUGGGCGCUGGUGAGAUACUCUCUCACCUACGUUUAGUAGUAUUAAGAAAUUAAAUGGGGAAUCCCUUGGUGGUCCAGUGAUUAGGACUCCGAGCUUUCAUUGCCGAGGGCAUGGGUUUAAUCCCUGGUCAGGGAAUUAAGAUCCUGCAAGGGGUGUGGUAUGGCCAAAAAAAAAAAAAGUAAAAUGUUCACAGGAGGCACAACCCAAGAUCAUUCUGGUAGAACUGCAGUACUUGAACUCUUCACCAGUUAAGGGCAAAAAGGGAAAUUGUGAAUUUUGCUUUGGUGCUUAGGUUUACAGGGACAUGACCCUUAACUGACAUCUGACAUCAGAUACCCAAGUGUGCUCAGCUCUGGGUAGAGUUGCUGCAGUUACGCUUGUUAACUAAUGAACAAUAACUGACCACUAGUCACUUUAUACCCAUAACUAACUCUGGCUCUUACGGUCCCUGGUUACUGGUGUAAGAGCUGAAAUUUAUUUUGUCUCAUUCUGGGAAGACCCCUGUUGAUCUUGGGAAUGUCUGAAAAAACACUGUGGUGUAAUAGUAAUCUCUGUUUGUGUUGACACUAUUCACAUUUCUUUAGCCCCUGCUGGCUCUUUGGGCUGAAUGAAGAGGUCCUGUAUGGGAGCAUGGCAGUGCGGAGUGGGUGUGCGCAGCGUGUAUGCAGGACCUCUUGAGUUUGGGUCCUAUUCACAGAGGAGUGCGAGUGGGUUACUAAGGUCAGCCAGUUACCAGCCUUGCUGAUUGUCAUGGUUUGGGGAAGCUGGCAGUCAGGCAUCUCAAAUGCUGCCUGGUACAGAUGUCCUUACCCCUCAAGAUCAGUGCCCUUCAUGCUGUUACUCUCGAGGGACUUGGGGAUGACUGCAUGCUCCUAGCUGAUCAGUCUGUCCUUUCUCUCUGACUGAGAAGAAGGAAGCUCUCUGCACCAAAAAGCAGGUAGUUCCCGGAGCCAAGUGCUGCUUGCCCUCAUAGUUAUUUUUCUAAUGAGAAUAUAUCUCUUUUAGUUAGCUGGUGGUUUCAGUUAAAACUAGUUUACCAAACAUACCCUUUCCCUGAAAUCAGCUGCAGGUAGCAAUCUGUUAGUAACUUAAGAGCACUGAGAACCAGACCUAUAAAAAACAUAUUUUUAAAUUUAAAUAAGAAUCACUGAAUAUACUAAACCCAAACUAAAACCCUCUGAUGUGAUUGAAUUCCUCCAUGGCUGCAUUCUCCUGAAAUCACAGGCAUGACUGGAGUCAGAAUUCUCUAUCCCCCCAUUGUACCAUUUCCCGGAAUUCAUAGAUCCCAAGAUGGCACAGUGUUGGACUUAUAGGGAUGGGGGAGCAUCAUGGAAAAGGUGGCCUAUGAAUUGCAACCACAGCUUCAAGUUUUUCCCUCAUGUCAGUGUUUCACCCAUCCUACAUCCCAUCAGCACGGACAGCUCCACCCAUCUCAUCAGAAAAUGAGCAAGUCCUUGAUCCGUCGUUGGCAGAUGUCCAUAGACACAGAUCAUGUGUGGAAGAGACUGGGGAUUCGGGCAUCAAAUGAAGCUGACUUUCCCUUUUUAUGCCUUGAUUGUACUUUCCCUUGUCUAAUACACUAAGGACACUUACUCAUUGUACUCGCUGCUCGGUGUGUCUCUCUUGUCCAGAUACUAAAACGUACCUGAGUCACCAGGAGCCAUGUGGUAGGCUGGACGUUGGCAUAGAUAGGUGAUGGGACUCAAGGUGAGAGGCUGGUCUCUAAUAGGUCACAGGCUUCGGUAGUAGAUUGUGCUGGUCACCCGACAAUGACAGUUGGAGGGUCAUUGAUUUGCAUGUGCUACUCUGGGGCCUUGUAUUGGAACCUUUUUAAAAAAUAAAAUAACAAGAUAUUCAUGGU